GCGGGGCCCGGGCCGAGCAGACGCCUGCGCCGGGGCUGCAGCAGCGGGCGGGCCGCGGGCCUGUUCUGGUGCCGGUUCUGGACGUCAGGCUCGCAGCCUUGGUGGUUUAACGGCCGAACGCACGCGAGGAGCACAUGCCGUGGAGGGCCCAGCCGCCCCGCCCCGCCCCGCCGGCCAGGAGCCUGACCCAUGCUGCAGCAGGGCGCGCCCAGGCUCCCACGUCCCGGUGACGCCAUGCCCAUCGUCGAGAAGCUGAAGGAAGCCCUGAAACCCGGCCGCAAAGACCCGGCCGACGAUGGCGAGCUGGGGAGGCUGCUGGCCGCCUCUGCCAAGAAGGUCCUGCUGCAGAAGAUCGAGUUCGAGCCGGCCAGCCGGGGCUUCUCCUGCCAGCUGCAGUUCCUGCGGAGCAAAUACGUGCUGCUGAACCCCAGGCCGGAGGGCGCCGCUCGCCCCCGUGGGGAUGAGCCACCUGCCAGGAGACAGGGCUGCGAGCGCGUGUACGAGAGCAGAGGCGACGGAGUCCCCGCCCCGCAGAAGGUGCUCUUCCCCAUGGAGCGGCUGUCUCUGAAGUGGGAGCGCGUCUACCGCGUGGGCGCCGGGCUCCACAACCUGGGCAACACGUGCUUCCUGAACUCCACCGUGCAGUGCCUGACCUACACGCCGCCGCUGGCCAACUACCUGCUCUCCCGGGAGCACGCGCGCAGCUGUCCGCAGGGCAGCUUCUGCAUGCUGUGCGUCAUGCAGAACCACCUCGUGCAGGCCUUCGCCAACAGCGGCAACGCCAUCAAGCCCGUGUCCUUCAUCCGGGACCUGAGAAAGAUUGCCCGGCAUUUCCGCUUCGGGAACCAGGAGGACGCACAUGAGUUCCUGCGGUACACCAUCGACGCCAUGCAGAAGGCCUGCCUGAACGGCUACGCCAAGUUGGACCGUCAAACGCAGGCCACCACUUUGGUCCACCAGAUUUUUGGAGGCUACCUCAGGUCGCGUGUGAAGUGCUCCGUGUGCAAGAGCGUCUCGGACACCUAUGACCCCUACCUGGACGUGGCGCUGGAGAUCCGGCAGGCGGCGAACAUCGUGCGCGCGCUCGAGCUCUUUGUGAAGCCGGACGCCCUGAGCGGGGAGAAUGCCUACAUGUGCGCCAGGUGCAAGAAGAAGGUGCCCGCCAGCAAGCGCUUCACCAUCCACAGGGCGUCCAACGUCCUGACGCUUUCCCUCAAGCGCUUCGCCAACUUCAGCGGGGGCAAGAUCACCAAGGACGUGGGCUACCCCGAGUUCCUGAACAUCCGCCCGUACAUGUCGCAGAGCAGCGGCGAGCCCGUCGUGUACGGGCUGUACGCCGUCCUGGUCCACUCGGGCUACAGCUGCCACGCCGGCCACUACUACUGCUACGUGAAGGCGAGCAGCGGGCAGUGGUACCAGAUGAACGAUUCCCUGGUCCAUUCCAGCAACAUCCAGGUGGUUCUGAACCAGCAGGCCUACGUGCUCUUCUACCUGCGAAUUCCAAGCUCCAAGAAGAGUCCCGAGGGCGCCAUCUCCAGGGCAGGCUCCGCCCUCCCCGGCCGCCCCGGUGGGGUUCUCGACCACGGCAGGAAGAGCGUCAGCAAUGGGGCCCUCUCGUCCCUGCUGCCUGGAAAGAGAGCGGACCCAGUGGCCGUGAGGAAGCUGCAGGCCCCCGAGGAGACGGGUGUGCCCGUGUCCAGGAACGGCUUCCUGUCGGGCCCGAAGACUCAGAAUGGACACACUCCUCCAAAGCUGCCCUUGGGGUCCCCUUCCCCCCGACUCUCCAAAGCACCCACCCCCCUGCCGACCAUCCUGGCUGAGCCUGGAAAGAAAGUCAAGAAGUCAGCCCCCCUGCAGCACCUCUCCCCGCCCCCCAAGACUUCUCCGGGGUCCCACGGUGCCAGCGGCAGGUGUGACAGCCACAGGCCAGGCUCCUGGGAUGGCAGGGCCGCUGGCCUCUCUACCUCACCCAAGCUCGUGCCUGCAGCGACUGCCAACGGGCACGGGCCUGCGGGCAUUGCCCCGGACAGGGCAGCCUCCAGCAGUUCCAGCCCCGAGCACCCCGGGAGCAGCGACCCCGCCCAGGGCCCCCCAGCCCCCAGGACCGGGGCCGCCCGCCUCUGUGACUCUCAGGAAAGGACCCCCACGGCCGGCUCGCCCAGGGCGCUGCUGAACGGUGAAGCCUCCACGGCGGUGAAGCCGCGGUCCCCCGCCCUGAGCAACAUGGCCACCGAGCCCGCAAACGCCAUGUCUCCUCCGCCCGCCAAGAAGCUGGCCCUUUCUGCCAAGAAGGCCAGCCCCCUGCGGAGGGCCCCCGGCACUGACCGAGCGCCGCCCCUCCCGCCACUCUCCGACCUCACCCACCCCAGGAAAGCCACUCACCCCGCCGCCGCCUGCGCCCGGCCUGUCGGUGCGGCCAGGGCUGUGUCGCCUAUUCCCGGAUCAUCUGGCCUCCCAAAGCCCCCCCACGCCGCCACCCUGCCCAGCAGCCUCCCGAACUCCGCCUCUGCUCCCCUGCCUCAGGUCAACGGGGGCUUUCGGGCCCCCCCACACCCGCCAGAGGCCAGCGAGCCCCUCGGUCUUUGUAAGAAGAAGAAACGGAAGCACCUGGGAGAGGCCCUGAGGCAGGGCUCAGAGACGGGGGAGGCAGCGGCCCCUCCUGGGAAGAGGAGGAGGAGGAAGAGGAAGCGCCCCGAGGACACGGACAUCGCCCCCCUGCAGCAGGGGCAGGCGCAGGGGCAGCGCUGGAGCCCUGAGCGCAGGCAGGAGGGCAGCGUGGAGCGACCAGCUUCCAGCCCGGAGCCAGAGGGAGGGCAGCAGCCAGUGAACGGCCGGGGCCUGGUGAACGGCUGGCCGGUGGGAUGCAGGACCGACAGCCCCCACGUGAGCAAGAAGAGGAGGAAGGGAGGGGAUGGCCUUGGCGGAGAAGGAGAAGCCUGCCUCCGCCAGGACCCACCUUGGCACAGGAGCCGCUCCCCCUCGGACCCCGAGCCAGAGGCCACGGCAGCAUCUCCAAGGAAAAAGAAGAAGAAAAAGAGAAAGCCGGAGUCCCGGCGGGAAGGAGAAGGGAAGGAGCACCGCGAAGGCCCUGCCGUGCCCGGGAGCGGCCCCGCGCCUGCCGUCAGCGGCCAGGGUCCUGGGGACCUCGCAGGGCCGGAGCCGGCUCCUGGGCGCUCCUGGACCAGGGAGCGCGGCGCCAGCGUGGUCUGGGAGCUGCUGGAAUGCGCGGCGGAUAAAGCCUACGGGAGGAAAGUUCUGACGUGGGGUGGCGAGGUGUCGGCCGUUAGCCGGGAUGCCAUGCACGACAGCAGGUUGGCCCGCGCCUCCACGGUGAUCGACGACUGGGAUGAAGAGUUUGAUCGUGGGAAGGAAAAGAAAAUUAAAAAGUUCAAGAGAGAAAGGAAAAGAAACUUCAAUGCCUUCCAGAAACUUCAGAACAGACGGAACUUUUGGUCUGUGACUCACCCAGCCAAGGCCGCCAGCCUCAGCUACCGCCGCUGAGCCGCUGCUGCCGAGAUAGACACUCGGAGACGGGCACCACCUCCUGGGAGUGGUCCGCGUGGGCUCCUGGCCGGGUCACCCCCGGGCCUGCACCGCCAGCCUGCGCGGAGGAUGGCGCCGAGGCUCCCGCUUCCGGGGACAGGGCCUCUGGUGACAAAGCACACCGUGCGGGUGGAGCAGGCAGCUGCCCGGCGGGGACUGGGCGGCGCGGCUGGGCCGGCGUGGACGGAGCGGGGCUGGUGGCCGCGCGCUCGUGUGCUUGCGCGCCUGGGUGACGUGGCGGCUGGUUGCUGUUCUCGGCGGGCCGUCCACCACCUGCUCCCGGUGGCUGCGCGGCCCCCGCCUGCGCUCUGCCUGCCUUACCGUCCACCUCAGGAAGCGGAGCGAGGCGGCCCGGCCUCCGUCCUCGCAGGGGACUGGACGCUCUCGGGAGCGGGCGGCUGGGGCUUGGACUGCUGAGCCGGCCCCUGCCCGUCGGCUGCUGCUUGCUCUGAGCGCCUUCCCGACCUCCCUCAGCCGCAGGCCGCGGCCUCGGUCCAGGUGGCGCCGUGGGGUCGGUCCUCUUCCUGUUCCGGCUUCACACGCACCUCUGACCGGGCCUGGGCGCCAGCAGCGGUGUCCUCGCUCCUGCGGAUCCCGGCUCCCCUGCUCCGCGUGGGAGUGCUUUUCACUUUAGCCGACCGUAACCGCAGAUCGCUUUACCUCGCUCCAGCCGGGCCCGCACACGUGUAAAGUAAAUCAUGGGAAAUCCUCGGUCGGGUGACGUUUUCCAGAACAGUCACAGGUGACCCCGGGUAGAAGGGUACGAGUCCAUCUGACAGUCGCGGCUCCGUUCUCUGGGACCUGCUGCACGGGGAGCCGGACCGAGGGCUGCGUGGACCCGUCCUCACAGCCGCCGCCUUGGCCUGCGCUCACCCCGCGCCCCUCCGGACCGCCUUGCCCUUGCCCUGGGGGCUGUGGGGAGGUGUGUGCACUUUUCCAGGGGGUCGUCUGGGUGUUCCUUCCUGUGUUCGUUUUCUCUGAAAAGCUGGGAGGAGAUGCCAGCGGCCGCUGGGCCGAGCCUCUGCCUUUUCGCAAGGGCCUGGCCUCGGCCUGUCAGCCUCACCUGUUCAGAGACCUGCACUUCGUCGCUUGUUGCCUCCGAAGGGGAGGUGUGCCUCUGGGCAGGGCUGUCUUCGUGCGGGGCGUGGCGCGGGGCGUGGCCGUGGGAGGGCUUCCCCAUUUCCUGCGCGCCUGGCGGGGUGAGGGCGCUGUUGUCUGACAGACUCAUCCCCUUUCUUUCCCGCCCGUCCCUCGGCAUCGGCCCGCCCUCUUCCCAGCCUCCUCCAUGGGUCAUUGUAGAACCUCCUGAGGAGCUAUGUCUGUCACCUGUCACCCGUCACCGUGGGCAGCGCUGAGCAUUUGUCUCUGUUGGAGGCGAGCCCUCCCUCCCACGACAUCCCAGCACCACGCACCAAACUGGGCCGGGCCGGGCGGGCCCAGGAAGUGAGUCCAACUCUCGAUGACGUGUGCAUAUGUGUAUGUGUAUAAAUAACGAGCUUUUAUAACAGCGGGCCUCCGCUCACUUAGAACCUGGGUCUAAUUUAACGUUGUGUUUAGAGUGGAGGCGUGGGGGCCCGGGGUCUGUGGGAGGGGCCGCCUCUCCAUCCCCCGGCUCCGCCAUUGCUGCCUCUGCGUGGAGGUCUGCGCCCCGUUCUCUGCACUUCCCUCCAGGGGCUGUGGACCCCCAUGUUGCCAAGAUCUUGGUGCAAUAAAGUAACGAGAUUUUGUGA